UUUAUCUGCGAUGCUCCAGCGAGAGCAUUUGUGAAACAAGUCAAGGGGCACAAUGCUUACCAUGGCUGUGAAAAGUGUUCCCAGAACGUUGUUUGGAAAGACAAAGUCACAUUUCCACGAACAAAAUCAGGUUUUCGCAAUGAUGAAAGUUUUGUUGACUUGGCAAAUCCUGAUCACCACAGUGUCAGUUGUGUUAUAUCACCCCUUCUUCAUCUGUGCAUGGGAAUGGUAUCACAGUUUGUUGGAUCCGAUGCAUUUAGUUCAUCUCGGCGUGAUGGUUGUCGAUGA